CCUGUCUCUCGGUCUCUUCACUGCGAAGUGCUCGUCAUGGAGCCAUGGCGAUGAUCUUUCAUGUCCAAGCUCUUCCUGUGGAUCGUUUUCUUGCUGGUCAGGACGUUGGAAGCACAGCUGCCUCUGGCCAUCGUUCGAGCUUACGCAAGCUCCAAAGAAAUAGAAGAUCUGGAAAAAAAUUUCAAUGUCUGGAACACGGUGCUUCCCUGCGACAGCGACCCUGGCGUAGCUGUGGACCUCAUCUUGGUCUAUAGCCGUAGUUUCCAGGAGAACCCGCUAGCUCAGCAAGCGACGCAGAAUGUGAUCAAUUCUUUCGAGUCCGGCCAGGCGGCCUGGGCCAUUUGCUUCCGCUCGAUCACCGCCUUUGGGGCCAACUUGUCCGCGGACGAGGACGUCUAUGACAUCCGUGGGUAUUCUGCACGGAACGAUUGGGCAAAUGGUCCCAAUAUGGUCUUCAAUUUCAUCAUGAAUUCCUUCUAUGAUGGGACCUUUGGGACGUAUGAUGCCAUGUUCUUCAUGGAGCUGGAUGCGGAGCCGGUUCGCAGCAACUGGCUGAUGCAGUUCAUCUCCGAAGCCUAUGAUCCCUUCACCGCCAUUCGCGGGAGCCGCUAUCGAGGUGACACUUGGGAUGCCUAUUUGUCAGACAUUCCUCAAGAUGUGUUAUUCCACAUCAAUGGCAAUGCCAUCUACAACUUGACGCAUCCCUGGAUGGCACGCCUCGUCGAGAUCCUGGACACCGAAAUCUAUACCAAUAAGUUGAGAACCGCCUUCGACGUGCGCAUGGCCGCGCUCACGCUGGAGGAAUACGCCAACGCGCAGGAUAUCCCAUACAGAGGAGAUUCUCGUUUGGUUGGGAACUAUGCCCAGACGCUGCUCAACACAAGCUUUGAAGUGAUCGAGUACAUUCGUCAUGGGUCAGCAGCCAACGUCUUCAACAAUGUGGAUGAGUUCAACAUCACCUUGGGCGUGCUCAACAACUCAGAUAUGAGUGCGCUGGUGGCGUCCUUUUACGCGUCGCAUCCCUUCCGGAAGAUCUUGGUGAUCGGCGACGACCAGGGCCUCGAGGGCAGCAUCGAGAUCUCCACCACGCGAGGCCCGACGGUCGUGGAGGGCUUUCGGAAGACGGAGCCCUGGGAGAGCGCCUUCUGCGAGCUGGCGCAGAGGGUGACCACCAAGUACGUGACCUUCGCGGACUCCCACGCCGUGCUGGCCGCGCCGAUCUACGUGCUCGUGGACGCGGCAGGCAAGCCUGUCUUGCCCUACAUCCCUGCCGAGAGCUUCUACUGCACCUCCACCACCACGUGCACCGCGGAACUCGAGGAGGCUGAGACCUUGUUCGGUGUCAAGCUGAACUAUCACCAAGACAUUUUCGAGACCGUCUUCGAAACGGAGCAGUUCCUGCGCUUCUGCGACGCCUUCAAACUCGUGGCGAGUAACUUGGGUACCUAUGACAGCUGUGGCCUUGUGAACGGCAUCACUGCGGAUGCCUUCAUGGCCUGGGCCAUCUCGAUUACCGACGAGCCCUUCAAUUUCGUGCCGAAGAACAAGGAGCGCCUGGGCGCGCGCUCCUGGGGCAUCCUCGCCACGGCGCACGAGGUGGAUACCCGAAAUUGCUCGGUCUACACCGAGGAGCAGAAGACCGUGAUCGCAAGCAACAUCACCCACUGUGGGAAGAUCAUCGAGGACGCCUCGCAGUGCGAGAUGACCACGAACUGCACUUGGCGGCCGUUGUUUGGCUCCGGCCGCUGCGUGGACACGGUAGAGAGUCGAUUCUUCAACUUCUUCUGGACGCCGCCCAGCGUGGAGGAGACCUCCACGAGCGUCACCACGACCUCGGUGACCAGCACGGUGAGCUCGACCGAGACCAGCACCGUGACGGGCACGACGGUCACCGGCACUGGCACCACGGUCACCGGCACCGCGACCACACAGACGGUGACGGUCACCAGCACCUGGACCACGGUGACAGGAACCACGAGCGUGACGGGCACGAGUGUGACCGGCACGACGAGCGCCAGCACGGUGACAGGCACCUCGGUGACGACGGUGACCAGCACGACCGUCAGCUUCACAGGUACCACGGUGACCUACACCACAGCGACCUGGACAGCGCUGAAACAAUGCUUUGGCGGGUUGCCGCUGGAUUACGAGACCAGCUCCUGCCAGUUUGUCUUCAGCGGAGGCACCUGCACCGUGGAAUGCAUCCGACCCUUGUGGGGCUCCUCCGAGUACGUCUGCGACCACACCACUGGACUCUUUGUAGGCUCCUUGCCCACGUGCACCGAGCGCUACUGCGAGUACCCACCGGGCGAGGAGGUGUCGAGCUUCUAUCAGAGCGACUGCCAGAACAUCACGGCCGGCGGCAUGUGUGUGGUUUCAUGUCCCGCAGGAUACGUCCCUGCGGAGUCGAUGUACUUCUGUGGUCCAGACUGGACCCUGUGGGGCAUUCUGCCACCCUGCGAGAGGACUCAGUGCGACCCGGGCACCCUGCCGCCGUCCACCGGGGCGGAUUUCAGCCAGUGCAUUUGGGCGCAGAUCUUCGCUGGAGACAUUUGCACGGUGCCCUGCAUGUUCGGCUAUGGAGGUGCGACGCCCGAGAACAUGACCUGCCUGGAGUCCGGCGACUUCCAGGGGCAGUCCUUGACCUGUGAGCCCAAGAGCUGUGUCCCCACGUGGCCCAGCAAUGUCAGCUUCGAAGUGAACUGCCGAGAUGCCAGUGCGGCAUCGCUGGCGUCGGCAGUGCACGGAGAUAUCUGCGUGGCCUACUGCAUGCAGGGCUAUGCCGGGCAGUCGACGCAGCUGCAAUGCGUGGAUGGCAGCUUCCAAGGAAGCUUGCCGACCUGUCUCCCGGUCACCUGCACCUGGCAGGGCUUCACGCUGCGCCAGAAUGUGGACAACACGGAUUGCGACGGGAAGAAGGUGGAGGAGACCUGUCAGUUGACCUGCGAGGUGGGCUACGAUGCCACGGGGAGCUCCAACGUCCUGUGCCAAACAGACAACUUCUUCAGCGAGCCGCAGCUCACCUGCUCCCCCUCCACCUGCGGAGACCUGUCGCUGGUCUCAGGCUUUCCCGCCCACGUGAUUGGGCACGACUGUGCAUCGGCGGCCUUCCAGAGAUCUUGUUCGGCCUUUUGCCUGGACGGCUAUCGGCAAGAGGGUGGCAUGGCGAGCCUGAAGUGCUCUGGGGGGACCGUAUUCGAAGGCUAUACCAACCAAAGUGGCCAACCGCCUGAGCCGCCCACGUGUGUGGCUUUGCCCUGCACCAGCGGCUUUCCCACCAUGCGAGGAGCCGUCCACAAUUGCUCCGGGGUGGUCACCGGAGAAUCCUGCACGGUGGAAGCGAUGACAGGCUACGAAGCGGUUCCUGCACUGAGCGUUUUGCUGUGCUUGGCCGAUGGCAGCCUCUCUGGUCAAAUGCCAGAGAUUCAGCCUGCCAGAUGUGCUGAUGGCAAUUUUAGCGAAGGCGUCGGCAGCACUUGCAGAGACAAGUUGGUGGAUGCCGAGUGCUGGGCCUACUGCCAGAGGGGCUAUGUGGGCGAUCCGCAGAGGUACUUCUGCCGCGUCAACGCGGCCACGGGGCUACCAGAAGUCGUCGCCGAGAACGUGGAGGCGACCUGCGCCGUGGACGCCAACGCCACCAACACCACGGCCGGCGGCGCGCGACGCCUGCAGAGCACGCCGUGCGACGCCACGUCGGCGCAGUCCUUUGGCUUGCAAGACGUGCAGUUCGUGCAUUCCUGUGCGAACCUCCCGCACGACGAGGUUUGUGUGGCGCACUGCGACUUCGGCUGGGAACUCACCAGUGCCGUGCAGGUCCUAGUCUGUGAUACUGGAAACUUGCAAGGGAUCUUGCCGGAGUGUCAACCUUUGCCCUGCAACUUCUCUUGGCCGGGCCCACAGGUGAGCCAUAACUGCACCGGAGCGGUGACCGGCGAGUCAUGUGCCGCCAGCUGCAUCCCGGGCUACACGGGCCAAGCGACCAGCAUGUACUGCUCGUCCUCAGGGAACUUCGCGGGCACCGAACCGACUUGCGAGCCCAUCGUGUGUGAUGCCCCUCAGAUGGACCCGAAGUUUUCCCACGACUGCAGUGGUAUCCAGCUGGGGCAGACCUGCACCGUGGUCUGUGCUGCCGGCUACGAUCUCGCGGGAGAACCUGGCCGCAUUUCCUGCAGCACCGAUGGCAGCUUUACCGGGGAAUUGCCCAAUUGCAGUGCCGUCUCUUGCGCCAACAUCGUGCCGAAUGACAUCGCCUUCGGCCGCGAUGGCUGUGAUGGAAUGAUCUUCGGUGACAUCUGCAACGUCACGUGCAACCCGGGCUACGUGGCCAAUACGACCACCUUGGAGUGCAGCAGUCAAGGCGCUUUGGUUGGGCGUUUGCCCAUCUGCAGAGCUGAACCCUGCUCAGUCAGCCUUUUGCUGCGGCCCGAGCUGAUGAGCAACUGCGAGGGUGUCACCUUCGGCAAGAAUUGCAGCGUCUUUUGUGCAGCAGGCUUUGAAGCGGCGGACGGAGCGGGAUUGGAACAGUUCAGUUGCAAGAAAGGCGGCCUCUUGGAAGGCGCCUUGCCGAAUUGCGUGGCCGCGCCCUGUGUGGAUGGCCUUCCUCUGCCCUCUGAUCGGUCCGAUGACAACUGCACCAGCUUGACCUUCGGGGAGACCUGCACCGAGCAAUGCGCGGAAGGUUAUGGCGGUGCUCCGGUGUCGUACUCCUGCGGUUCAGACAGUGUGGCCACAGCCAGCUCCACCUCGAACUGCAGGAUAUCUCAGUGCGCAGGGGAUGUGGUCCCAGCACUUUUGGAGAGUACCUGCACCAACGUUUCCUUUGGACGAAGCUGCUAUGCCUAUUGCCCACCGGGCUAUGUUGGCGAGACGCUGGCGACGCGCUUGCAAUGCUUCGGUCCCUCCUCCGGGCUGCCGGUGGUGGGCAACGCGCAGGAUGUGGUGACACUUCGCGGUACGCUUCCUGACUGUGCGGCUGCCCCCUGCACCUCCAACAUCCCUUGGCAGGUAGAAUACCAGCAUAACUGCAGCACUGUGGUCACUGGCCAGCAUUGCAUGGUGUCCUGUGCCGAUGGUUGGUUCGGUGACGUGCAAGUGUUAAGCUGCCAGGCCUCUGGGGUGCUCCGUGGAGACUAUCCCAGCUGUGUGACGACGACCUACACCUCGACCUGGACGACCACCCGGACGGUGCUCAUGAGACUCUUGAAGAUGAACGGCGCCUACCGAUUGGAUUGGUCCAACCGGAACGCCUCGAAGGAUUCAUUAGCGGAAUCAGCUGUGGAGCAGAGCCUCUACAGCAUUCUGAAUGGAACCUUAGAGGAUCGCAUGAGCCCUGUCAUCACCGUCCGCGUGAAUCAGUCCGACGUGCAGGAUGCAGUAGACCUCCUGUUCGAGAUCGAGCUGUGGGUCACGAACGACACGGUGCUGCUGCUGGCGGAGGAGCUGGAACAGCUCUUCGAUCCGGCUCACGUGCCGGUCGUUCAGGCGGCACUUCGCAACAGUGGCGUUGAGUCGUUGUCCACGGUGACCAUCGCGCGCUUCGAGGGAACCUUUGUCGUCGACGGCACGGAGACCGUGGCGACCGUGGUCUUUGUCGCCACGGCCUUCGAAGCGGGCGAGAUGGUGGAGACGGACGAGCAUCCGAAGAAUGCCAGCGCGUUGAUUGUGCCUCUGGUCUUGUUGGUGAUGCUACUCACCGUGGUCACCGGCUACAUCUUCGUCAGGGUGAGACGAAUGAUGCUCGCGCAAGCGGAGCGGAGGAGGCAGAGGAAAGCUGCCGCCCAAGAGAUGCAUGCCUCGGUGCUGCCGGGCGACAAGGGUGGCGCCAAAGGCCGCGAGGUGCGCAUCAUGGAAGGCCGCGAAGAAGUGCAGGAGGUGCCAGCGAUGAGGGAGAUCUUGGACGAACGCGACGACUUCAAGGCGAAGACCAAGAGCAGCCUGUCGAUGUCAGGUGAUGAGCUUCAGCUCAUGGCCGAUCUGGGCAUCUCUCUCCAGGAGGAGGACGACGUGUCGAUGACAGAAGAAGAGAAGCAGAUGCUGAAGGACGCAGGCCUCUCCUUCACUCAGGAUGACGAGAGCUCCAUCGGCGGCGAGAUGAGGUUCGAGCUGUCGGAGCUGGGCAUCACUCUCGAGGGAGGGUCGAAGAGCAGCCUCGAACUCUCAGGUGAGGAAAAUCGUCAGUUGGAAGAAGCCGGCAUCCAGUUUGAGGACGACGAGGAGGAGGAGGAGUAUCCGAUGCUGGAGGAUGACCUGGCACGUGAAAUCAUCGACGUGGAUGACUUGUUCGAGGAAGAUUCGAAUCUCUUCAGCGAGGACGAGCGCGAUCGGUCAGUUCGGGUCGAGGUGAUGGACACGAGCACUCAUCCCCCCAGGAUCAACCCCAGCAGAGACCUGAGCGACGUCGGGAUCCACUUCGAGGAUGACGGCACGAGUGAACAUCAGUAUGUAGUUUGAGAAGCCUCAGCACCAUUGCUCAUGAGGAAUGGAUGUAUUAUAGAUUCUUCGGCCUAAGGCCAGAAUUUCUGCAGCCCUUUUUCUGCCCCAAACCCAGGUCAGAACGCGCGACUUUCGGGGGCUGCUGCCCCCCGAACAUCGUCGCGCGGACGCCUGGUGAUCUGCUAAUUACUGGUAGACCCCAAAAAGACCCAAAUUUGCGCAAAGCUUCGAGCUGAAUCUCAGGAUCAGCCGCAGCCGCAAAUCUAUAGUGCAUCUGCCACCCCAAACGGGGUGCCACCGCUGCGAUUCGCUUCGCCGCUGCUUCUUGGGCGGCGAAAGAAGAAAGGUUCUCCGAACAAGGCUUUCGGGGCGGUUGGGACGUAUGAGCCCACCUCCUCGAACUUUCAUACUUGGACACCCACAAGUUCGAAGAGUGUGAAG